AGUCUGCGUCACCGCUAUCCCGUGCCCUCACCAGCAUCUUUUUCGAACCUGUCUACUUCCGCCGCCCUUCACUUAUAUGCUCUUACUGGCAAAUCCUCCGUCCAAAUAAGCUACUUGUCUACGAAGAGAGGCGGCUCGCAGGGAGAAGAGGAGGAAGAUAAAGGAUAUGGGAGUCGUGAAGGACGUGCAGUCAAAGGCCGAGCUGAGCGAAGCGCUUGCCGGAGGUGCGCCGGCGGCCAUCCACUUCUGGGCUUCAUGGUGCGAGGCUUCGAAGCAGAUGGAUCAAGUUUUCUCCCAUCUUUGCACCGAUUUCCCACACGUUCUCUUCCUACGUGUUGAGGCAGAAGAGCAACCAGAGAUUUCUGAUGCUUAUGCAGUUUCUGCUGUUCCAUACUUCGUCUUCUGCAAGGAUGGAAAAGCUUCUGAUACAUUGGAGGGUGCAAAUCCAGCAGUUUUGGCUAAUAAAGUUGCAAAAAUUGCUGGAACUAUUGAUAAUGUAGAAUCAGCUGCGCCUGCAAGCCUUGGGAUGGCUGCAGGUCCUACAGUUCUUGAAACAGUUAAAGAUUUGGCAAGGCAAAAUGGCUCUUCGAAAACUGAAACAAAAAUUUCAGUCCCGACUGAAAAUUUGACCAAACGAUUACAACAGCUUGUUAAUUCUCAUCACGUUUUUCUGUUUAUGAAAGGAAAUCCAGAGCAACCCAAGUGCAAGUUUAGCCGGAGGGUGGUUGAAAUUUUGAAGAAUGAAGGGGUUGAAUUUGGAAGUUUUGAUAUACUAUUAGAUGACGAUGUCCGUGAGGGCAUGAAGAAGUUCUCCAACUGGCCAACUUUCCCUCAACUCUACUGCAAGGGUGAACUUCUUGGUGGUUGUGAUAUUGUAGUUGCCAUGCAUGAAAGUGGAGAAUUGAAGGAUGUGUUUCGAGACCAAGGAAUCCUUUUUAUUUCAAAGGAGAACAUACCAUCUUCUGCAGCUCAGGGAUCUGGAAAAGGUGGAACAGCUGGCUCCACAACUCUUAGUACUGCUUUAGCUUCCCGACUGGGAACUCUCAUAAAUUCAAGUCCUGUUGUACUGUUCAUGAAAGGAAAACCUGAUGAGCCUAAGUGUGGUUUUAGUAGCAAGGUUGUUGAUCUCCUCAAGCAGGAGAAGAUUGAGUUUCAGAGCUUCGAUGUGCUUUCCGAUGACGAAAUAAGGCAGGGUCUGAAAACAUUUUCCAACUGGUCUAGCUUUCCCCAGCUUUACAUAAAAGGUGAGCUAAUUGGAGGAUCUGAUGUAGUUCUUGAGAUGCAUAAGAGUGGAGGGUUAAAGAAAAUUCUUGCAGAGAAAGGUAUUAUCCAGGAAGAAAAACUCGAGGAUCGCUUAAAGAAUCUGAUCUCAUCAUCCCCGGUGAUGCUUUUCAUGAAGGGUAAACCUGAUGCUCCUUGCUGUGGCUUCAGUUCAAAGGUUGUUAAUGCUCUUCGUGAGGAAGGAAUCAGUUUCGGGUCCUUUGAUAUUCUAUCUGAUGAAGAAGUUAGACAAGGAUUAAAAACUUAUUCAAACUGGCCAACUUUUCCUCAACUAUACUACCAAGGUGAUUUGAUUGGUGGCUGUGAUAUUGUCUUAGAAUUGAGCAAAACUGGGGAGCUUAAAGCUACUCUUUCUGAGUAAAGGUAUUUGUUUUGUCUAGCAAAUAUUUCUUUCUUGUAGUUCUGGAACCCAAUAUCAUAGGGCUGUUCUGAUAAAAUUGAUGUGUUUGACUAUUAAAGAAGGACUUUUUUAUCUCACCAUGUGGGAGUAUGCUUAUGGAUUCGUGAUUAUGGAACA